CCCGCAUGCACCUUGUGGGAACGUGGGCGGUGGCUUUACGCUGUCUUCGUCUGCUCGGCCCAGGGUUGGGGAUGGGGUCCGGGCUUCCCAGAGGAGGUGGUGCUACCCCGGUGCAGCCUAAAGCACGCAUAGGAGUUAUGCAGAGACGGGAGUGUGGGGGAAAGGAUAUUUUGGGAAUAGGCAAGUUCCCAGGGAGGAAUGGGAGCUUCGUGUCCAGGAAGUGAAAAGACGGAGAGGGGGACGCGAGACGAGGCUGCCAGAGGAAUUAGAGCCACCGACUGGCUAGGAAGCUUUUGAAAUAAUAUAGGGAAGUGAUAAUAAGGACUUGAGUUAAGGCUCCGGCAGUAGGGACGGCAAGGAAGGGACAACUUGUAAGCACUUAGGAGGUAUAUUUGACCUAGAGGGUGAUUGGACUUGACUCCUGAUACCGCGAGAGACCUGUUCUUUCUCAAAGGCUCCCGUUCUCAUCUCUGGACCCACAAGGAGUCAACCCUUUCGUUAGUUAGUCACUAUUUCUAGCUCAUCUUCAACUUUUCUCUCUCUACUGAGUCUUUUUCAUCAUUAUUCAGAAUUGUUUGGGUUUCUCCCAUCCUGUUGUUUAUCGUAUACAGCUUACUUAGCACUGUGCUAAGCUCUGGGGACUCAAUAGUCAACAAGAGACUCAGUACUUGCUCAUGGAGUUUUAUAGUCAAGUGGGGGAAGCAGACAGUCAUCAAACAAACACAGAUGUAAAAUUGCAAUUAGUGUAAGAGGAAAAAUGGAGAAUUACACAAGAGGAUAAUACUGGGGGCUGAUUUGGACAUUUAAGUCAAGACCUGAAAGAAUGAAUAACUGUUGGAUGAAGCACAGGAUAAGAGCUGUCCAAGCAGAGGGGAAGGAUUGGGUGAGGUGUCAAGGUGGACAGACACCUGGAUGAUUGAAGCAACUAUUUAGGCAAACAAAUGGCUGGAGCAAAGUGAGUGAGGGGAUGAGGAAGGUGGGGAUCUUUGGAGCUUACAGAACUAUUUUAAGAGGAUUGGCUUUUCAGAGCAAUGAGUGUGACAAAGUGCUCCAGUGGCUUACAAGGCCAUCAUGAAGAAGCCACGAACCGCUGUGAGGAGUUGUCGCCAGAAGCAGGCGUCUGGCCAUGAGGGAAGGGAGAAGCAGGUCCUUAGCAGCAGCCAGGUCAAGCCUUCUACCCCUGAUGGAACUAUGCCUAAGUUUCCUGAGGCCCCAGCAGGCUUGGCCAGGCGGCAGAAGGAGGUGGUAUUACGGGCCUCUGUCUCCCCAUACCAUCUAUUCAGAGACACAGCCGAAGUCACAGUCUUUCGGGAGAACCUUCUGAGCUGGUACGACCGAGAGAAACGGGACCUGCCCUGGAGAAGGCGGGCAGAGGGUGAGGUGGACCCUGACAGGCGGGCGUAUGCUGUGUGGGUCUCAGAGGUCAUGCUGCAGCAGACCCAGGUUGCCACGGUGAUCGACUAUUAUACCCGAUGGAUGCAGAAGUGGCCAACGCUGCAGGACCUGGCCAGUGCAUCCCUGGAGGAGGUGAACCAGCUCUGGGCUGGCCUGGGCUACUACUCUCGAGGCCGGCGGCUGCAGGAGGGAGCCCAGAAGGUGGUAGAAGAGCUAGGAGGCCAUGUGCCACAUACAGCAGAGACUCUGCAGAAGCUUCUGCCUGGCGUGGGGCGGUACACAGCUGGAGCUAUUGCUUCCAUUGCCUUUGGUCAGGCAACUGGUGUGGUAGAUGGGAAUGUAGUACGGGUGCUGUGCCGUGUCCGAGCCAUUGGUGCUGAUUCCGGAAGCACCUUUGUCUCCCAGCAGCUCUGGAGCUUAGCCCAGCAGCUGGUAGACCCAGCCCGGCCAGGGGACUUUAACCAAGCAGCCAUGGAGCUGGGGGCCACAGUAUGCACCCCACAGCACCCACGCUGCAGCCAGUGCCCUGUGCAGAGCGUGUGCCGGGCACACCAGAGGGUGGAGCGGGAACAGCUCGUAGCCUCACAGAGCCUGCCAGGCAGUCCUGAUGUGGAGGAGUGUGCUCCCAGCGCUGGACAGUGCCAGCUGUGUGCGCCUCCCACAGAGCCCUGGGACCAGACCCUGGGAGUGGCCAACUUUCCCAGAAAGGCCAGCCGGAGGCCCCCCAGGGAGGAGUGCUCUGCCACCUGUGUUCUGGAGCAGCCCAGGGCCCUUGGGGGUGCUCGAAUUUUGCUGGUGCAGAGGCCUAAGUCAGGUCUGCUGGCAGGACUGUGGGAGUUCCCAUCUGUGACUGCAGAGCCCUCAGGGCAAUGUCAGCGUGAGGCCCUGCUGCGGGAACUACAGAGUUGGGUUGGGCCCCUCCCAGCCACCCACCUCCAGCACCUUGGGCAGGUGGUCCACACCUUCUCUCACAUCAAGCUGACAUAUCAAGUAUAUGGUUUGGCCCUGGAAGGGCAGAUCCCAGUGACCAUCACACCACCUGGAGCUCGCUGGCUGACCCGGGAGGAGUUUCACACCGCAGCUGUCUCCACCGCCAUGAAAAAGGUGUUCCGUGUGUACGAGGGCCAACGGCCGGGGACCUGCAAGGGUUCCAAAAGAUCCCAGGUGUCUGCUCCAUCCACGCAGAGAAAGCCCAGCCCAGGCCAGCAAGUCCUGGAUAGUUUCUUUCGGCCCCACCACCCCACUGGUGUAUCCAGCCUCAACAGUAUGGCGCAGUGACACCGCUGGAGCCCCUACUUCUUGAGAAUCCUGUUGUUUAAUAAAGUGCUUAUUUUUGUAGUCA